CGUGAUGACAGACAACGUCCACAUUGUCAGGGAAGGGAGAGAGAACCGAAAUCGAGCUCACGACCCCAUUUUCUCACGGAAACGCGAACGGAAAGUCACCGUGGCCAUCCGGCCCUGGCCGGGCCCCGGGCCGCGGAGGAAGUGAGACAGCUGGUCCGGGAGAGAUGGACGGCUCCAGCUGGGCGGUUGGGUGUCUAGUUCUCCGCGGGGCCCGGCACGUGGGCCUUGACCUUUACCCGAAACCCUCUCCUUAGUCCUCCGGACUGGCCUCCACCGAGAGGGAGAGUCUCAGCUUGCUCGGGCAGGAGCUUCCCGUCACGGCCCUGCCAUGUGGCUAUCGGUCAGCGAUGACUGAUGUGGAAUCCACAUAUGCAGAUUUCAUCGCGUCGGGGCGGACGGGCCGGAGAAACGCCGUCCACGACAUCCUGGUGUCCGCGGCCAGCGGCAACCCCAGCGACCUGUCCCUGAAGCUGGCCGAGCUGGACAUCAGCAAGGGAGAAGGGGACGGCGAUGCGCAGAGGAACCCGACGGAGCCCGCUGGCGAGACCCAGGGAAAAGCGGCAAAGCAGGACGGCUAGCACCCAUCUCUGGCAGGCGGGAGCAGCGGCCGGGCGGCGGGGCCGGGCCGGGGUCCGCCCUCGGCCGUGAGCCGGGGUCAGCCGGCGACGAGGGCGGGGCCGCGGGACAUGGCCUUGCCGAGUGCCCGGCGGGCAGCCCCCGACCCCGCUGGAAACGGGGGCCCGGGCAGGGGCCGCCCACCCGCCCUGUCCACCUCGCUCCUUGGCCACGGCUGAGCCCGCGGGGGUGGCUCCCCCCCCCGAGCCCCAUGGGGACCCCGCCCUCCGGCCACCUUCUCCACCUGACACCCCUCUGCGACGACCCCAGAAAGGAGACCCACCCACCAGGCGGCACCGUGGCCCAGGCCUCCUGGCACCCUGGCCCGGGCACUCUAUGCUGCCCCGUUGCAUCGGCCCACGGACCCUCCGGGCUCGGUGCCCAAGGGCCUCUCUCUUGCCCCGGGGCCGCGGCCCGCUGCCUGCGGCCUAGGGUCGGCAGCCGGCUGAGGCCGACCCACAUUAGCCCCCGGGGGACCGGCCGGCGGGGAUAGCCUGUGGCCAAGGCUCCGGGCACGGCGCCUGCCCCGAGGCACCCACUUCUGGCCGGCCCGACUGCUGACCCUACCCCAGAUGGCCCCCAGCCCUCACAGGUCCUGGAGGGAAGCAGCGGGAGGGGGUCGCCUGUGCCAGCCCUUCGCACAAGCCAGGCCGGAAGGCCCGGUACCAGGCCCGGGGAUUCGCGUUCCCCUUUUUUAACCGCUCCUAGCCGGUGCCGGGCGCUCCCUCGCCAAUCUCCCUCCCUCGGGCCCCGCCCCCCUUCCCGGCGGCCCCGCACUUUUUACCAUUUGUAAACUUGUCCCGACAGCCGGUGUCCUUGGUCCCCGGCUGCUGGCCGGGUCAACCGGCGAGCGGCCUGGCGUCACGUGUGCCCGGCCGUGCCCGGAGCAGCGUCUCCGUGCCCCCAGCCGGCUGCCAGCGGACGGGCCCCGGGGCCUCCCGUGCCCCGUGAACCCCCGGUCGGUGUUACGACACCCUUCGAUCAUGGUAAUAAACAGAAGCACAGCGGGGUGGACCAGCUCCUUGGUGUCCA